CUCGGAACCGAGCUGGGAGUACCCGCAACUCGCGAGUUUGAAUCAGAGGGAAACGCUAUGUAUUCAUGGGUUCGACGCCGGCUAUCCAGAAUCAAACUGACAUCUCCGCCGGCGGGAGAGAAAAACGAAGGGUUCGUCAAAGGCGCCGGAGAAGAGCGUCGGAUUUACGGCGUCACCGACUCACUAAUCGAACUAAUCAAAUCUUUCUCCGUUGAAACCUUCAGAAAUCACCCUCUCCCCGUUGAAGAUGGAGCCGACUGUGGUGGUGAUGAAGGAACUCCCGGCAACGUCCGGCGGGAUCUGUCUGACUGGCAACAACAUCAUGCGUUGCUUGUUUUGUCAGAAAUCAAGGAACUUGCACAGCUGAGAUUCAAGUUAUGCCCUCGUUAUUUGAAGGAGCAACAGUUUUGGAGAAUAUAUUUUAUAUUAGUCAAGAGUUAUGUGGCAGAAUACGAACUGCAAGCCGUGCGGCUGGCAAGAUUAAAGGAGAUGAGCAUUGAUAAUGAAUGCAUUAGGGAUGUUAGAAUGGGUGAAGUUGAAAUGUUAGAAACAAAGCAACGGAUACAUGACAUCGCAAUCGAGGACCACACGUGCCAUGACAAGAACAACAUACCCAGUAAAAUCCCACAAAAAGUAGGGUCUGGGGAGGAUAUAUGUACACAAACCUUACCACAUGUGUCGUGACAAUUUACGAAGUUGACAAUUUCUUUCUCAAAGGGUAAAGGAUGAAGAAAUGCAGUAAAUGAUUCUCUGCGCCCCUGAAUUGUGUAAGGGUAUCUGAAGGGAAAUGCAAGUAAGUGAGGACCCUAUUUUUUUUUCUUCUUAAAACUGAGGUCUGGACAAAUGUGGCAACUCAGGCAGCAUCCAAUGAGUGAAUUGAAGAUAGGUAAUAAAUGUCACUUAACUGGUACGGAGCAAUGCUUGUCAAUUUUAGAUUGCUGAAUUGAUUUGAUUGUUUGUACUUUGUACUCUAUUGUUUGUAUAUCAUACCCUCUCAAUUUCAUAUCAAUUGUCCGUUAUGAUUUUCUUGAUACAUUGAGAAAUGAAUGAAUGUAGACAUGAUGU